AUGCCAAGCACAAUUCACUAUCAACUAUCGUGUUUCCCCGAAAAUCCAGUCAUCCUGCAGGCUCCGGUCUAUGUGCAUGAAGGUGAUACGGUGCCUCUGAGGUGUCACAGCCGCUCUGGAUAUUCUACAGAUCAGACAAAAUUUUACAAAAACGGCAUCAUGGUCCUAGCAUCGGCCGCUGACCCCAAUUUACUUGAAGAUAACACAAAAUCGAAUGCCACGUAUGCCUGCUCAAUGCCUGUAAUCCGUACCUACAGAGGCAGUGAUAAGAUCGAGAUUUUUCCAGCGCCUCUAGGAGUGCCAUCAAACAGGAUGAUCACCUUCAUGCCAAAUCGUAACAGACUCUUCAAGGGAGAGUCUAUAACAAUGGCAUGUAAUAUGGGAAACCUUUAUGCGUCUUAUGUUUGGAUAAAGGACGAUUGGGAGGUUCACAGGGGUAUGUACUACACAAUCGCAUCUGCUCAAGUUGAUCACAGUGGAAUCUACUAUUGCGUACAGACCGACUGGUUGGGUGUGCCAAUCAAAAGGGAAACAGCCAUACUGGAAGUCAUCAAUGGUUUGGUCAUCAUUCAGCCUCUUUUGCAUGAGGAUGGAAGGUCCUACUCCUUGAAAUGUUACAACUCUCCGGAGUAUAGUUUACAGUCAACACAAUUCUACAAAUGCAGUGAAAACAUAUGUGUAUUUUGGGACAAUGAUGUUAUAGAUUCCUGGAAUGCGCCUGGAGAAUACAGAUGUGACAGUGAAUUAUACCGGAAUGAAUACGUCACCACAGAUUUAGUGUCCUUACAUGUCAGAGAGUUGUUCUCGCAGCCAGAAUUAAAACUAUCCCAUAAUCCAGCGGUAGAAGGUGAUCACAUGACCCUGACAUGUGACACAAGCCCUAGUCGGCACAGACAGAGGACAGAACUGCAGUUUGCAUUCUAUAAAGAUGGACAGGAUAUUCCGAGAUAUGGUUCAUCUAAUCAAUAUGGAGUCCAGUCCGCUCAGCUGAAGGAUUCUGGGAAUUAUUUUUGUGAAGUGAAAACAUCUACCACCAAUGUAUUAAAGAGGAGUCCAAUGCUCCAUAUAAAAAUACAAGGUAAGUGAGGAAUGGCUAUUAAUAGGGAUGAGCUUCGAGUUCGAG